AUGUCCGACACUUCUACCCUGUCUUCUACCCUUGUUGCAGCGCUCAGCGUCGUCUCGGUCGUCUAUGCAUCAUACAAGAUAUUUGGAUGGAUCCUGUACCCUUUAUUGUUUUCUCUUCGGGACGUGCGAGGGCCAAAGGCGCCCAGCUGGUUCUACGGUCAUAUAAGAACCAUCUCAUACGAGGGGGAAAGAAAUAUGCUAGGAGACUUUGGAAACACGUACGGAAGAAUCUUCAAGAUCCGUGGUUUCUUCAACCGGCCUCGGCUGGUAGCACUGGAUACGAGAGCGCUGAGCCAUAUCCUUUCCCAUCAUGAUGAUUUCGUGAAGCCAGAGAGGGUCCGGUAUACUCUUGGGCAGGUUGUCGGUCAAGGAUUGCUUGUCGUCCAAGGCGAACAGCAUAAACAGCAGCGAAGAAUUAUGAAUCCCGCAUUCGGUCCUGCGCAGAUCAGAGAGCUCACAGCGAUCUUUGUGGAUAAAUCAAUCGAGCUCCGCAAUCUGUGGAUGUCAGAACUCACGUCAAACGGACAAAACGCGAUCGACGUGAUGGCCUGGCUGAACAAAAUGACACUCGACGUCAUCGGCUUAGCAGGCUUCAACUACCCGUUCAACGCGCUGAGCCCGGACGGAAAGUCGAACGAGAUGAACGCUGCUGUGCGCACGAUGUUCGCAGAGCCAGACGGAGGACGGACCCGACUCACGAUCCUGCAAACAGUCCUACCUCUUCUGAGGUUAAUCCCGUCCGAGAGCCAAGCUCGCUACCGCGCCGCACAGAACACCAUGAUGAGAGUUGGACAAGAGCUUCUAGCGGAGAAAAAGAAUGCCAUUUUGGCGGGAAAUGCUGGACACGAACACAAGAUGGGAAGAGGGGCCCAAGAGUUCCAGGGUCGUGAUUUGUUGAGUCUAUUGAUCAAGGCGAACAUGGCCACAGACCUCCCUGAGGGCUCGAGGAUGGUUGAUCACGAUGUGUUGGCUCAAAUUGCUACAUUCAUCGUCGCAGGCCACGAGACUACUAGCACUGCUGUCACCUGGGCGCUCUUCGCUCUCUCCAACAACCUCGACACGCAAACGAAACUCCGCAAGGAAUUGGCUUCUUUGCCUACAGAGACGCCGAACAUGGAUGAGCUCGAAAACCUGCCUUACCUCGAUGCUGUCGUCCGCGAAACUUUGCGCUUGUAUUCGCCGGUAGCUAACACGGUGCGAGUUGCUAUGAAGGACGAUGUCAUACCGACCGAUGAGGAAUGGGUAGACGCGAAGGGUGUUCGGAGGCAGGGAAUUAGAAUCAAGGCAGGCGACGAGAUUCUGAUUCCCAUUGCUGCGGUAAACAGGCUGAAAGCACUAUGGGGAGAAGAUGCUGGGAAAUUUAAACCUGAACGUUGGGAACACACGCCAAAUGCUGUCCACUCAAUCCCGGGUAUAUGGGGAAACAGCCUCGCAUUCCUCGGCGGCCCACGCGCAUGUAUCGGAUACCGCUUCUCCGUCGUCGAAAUGAAAUCCUUGCUGUUCGUGCUCGUCAGGGCGUUCCAGUUCCAGGCGACAGCCGCGCCAGAGGACUUCAAGAUUAUGUCGACGAUCGUGCAGCGACCCGUUUUGAAAAGCAGAGUGGAGCAGGGCCCGCAGAUGCCGUUAUUGGUCUCGACGAUUUCGGCAGAGUAGAUCCUUUGGGAAUGCCCACUUGUCACGUUCUGCGCUGACAACCCAUGCGUAUCUCAUUGUAGACUCAGUACCUCUGUGUGUUAACACCGUUGCACUUUCGUUCUGUUGCAUUUAAUAUCUUAUAGCAUUGCUCUU